AUGGCUGCACACUCGGGAGGAGUAGAUUGGGCUGCCGUUUUGAAACCCUUUUUUGCCAGUUCAGGUGAAAGUGUGAAUAAAAAUGAUACUCUCAAUUUAGUGAAAACCAUUCUGCAAAAUGAAAACGAUAUAUUGGAUCACGAUGACUGUUACAAGCAGUGUUUCGAUAGUUUCGUGGUGCUGGCUGCUGAAAACCUUGCCAAUCAGGUCACGUCACUGUCCCAAACUCAGCUGCCACAAUUCGCGGAGGCAGCUGCCGUUCUUAUGCGGUACAUUUUGCAGCACCUGGACGUUCAGGCGCCUAGCAAGCCAAACAUUUUACUCAUGGCCCUGAAAGUCCUCUGCGAAGGUCGCAAAGAGUCGGAACAUCCAGCGGGAAGUUCAGCGGUGUCAUCGAUCAUUUCCGCUAGCAGUUUGAAGUACAUUAAAUACCCGGAGGCACACAGCAAACCAUCGUCGGCUGGUGGUGGCGGUGGUUCUUCCGGAGGUGGUGCAGGCGGUGCAAGCGGAAGUGGCACCGAAAAAGAUAGUCCCAAAAGCGAAAUGAAACGUUCUCGUUCGGAUCUUUCAACCGUGAUUUUACAACAACUUAUCACGCCUCUGGGUGCAGGUGUUUUCACGUUUGCGACCCUGAGUGAGGAGCAAAUCGAUUGUACGGAUUUAUUCAUCAAAUCAAACAUUCAAUACCUACACGCAACCAACGGUGGAGACACGUUGUUCAAAUGGUGUACAGAUUCGCUGACAACAUUGGCGAAAUAUCGCACCAAAUACGAAGAGUGUACCGUGCAGGGUAAACCGUUGUAUCUUCCGAUUACGACGGCCGAAGCAACUGCCAUAAAGACAAACCUUUCGCAGAUCGAAUCAGACAUUUCGAAUCUGCUACUUGCGGUGUCGCUGCCGUUACUGGAACCUUUGACGCCUACCAAGAUCACAUUUUUGUCACAAUGUGCUAUGUCCGCUUUGUACUGUGCCGUGCUUACUUCUACGGCAACCAGCGUCCUGCUGAUGGCUGCCAGUGGAUCGCAAAAGAGUGCUUCUUCCACACAGCUCCAGCAAAAAGAACAGCAAACUUCCGGAACACAAGCACAAAAGGAAAACGACGAGGAAGAAGACUACACCCGGAUGGUGGUUGAUCGUGGUUUGGAAAUAUUCACCAAAAUCGGAACAAUUUUAAAAAGUUCUACGCGAACUCAUAUCUACCAGAAUCACGUCUGCAUGGGGGCCUGGCUGUUGAUCUCCGGUAUCCAGGGAACCAUGGGUGCAUCCGGCAAUCCCGGUGGCGGUAAUGUUCAGCAAUCAGCUACGGUCAAAGCUUCCGAGGAGAGUUUGAAGGGGAGAAGUCCAUUGAAAACGCUGGAUGUCCCUCAAAUGGCUUCGGCUGUUCCAACACCCGCUUUGAGGGUAAAUCUUUUUAAGGUUCAGCAAGGAUUUGGCGUUCUCAAUGCAGCCGUGGCACGGCACAGCAUUUCAUUGUUGACAGAACUGAUUGACGAUUUAAAAAUUGAUUCUCGUUCCGAUGAUGACGAGUACAGCAGCAUAGAAUCGGCCGGAUUCGACAUCCUUGGGCAGUAUUCUUCAAUUCAACGAGUUGUUCGCGUACUGAAUAGCGCGACGUUGCAGCAAUUGAUGACAUUUUUAGCAACCGUUUCCUACCGGAAAGCUUGCACACUACGUAGAAUCAACACUAAAAGCAACAAUGAAGGCGAACCUAUGAGUUAUAGUGACUCAACGACUUACUACAAUGAUACGUUCUCUUGCUCGGAGGAAAGCGAACCGGAAGAGGAAGAUAGCGAUAGCUAUCUUGGGCUCUGGUUCAAAGAAACUCUGUCGCCCGAGGCAAAUGAAGAUUUGGUCGAAACACAGGAGCAGGAAAAGAAAGAUGAAAAGCGCCACGGUAGCAACCUGGUUUCCGCCAAGGAUGAACCACACGAAUAUCUGAAUUUGAGCUCGCUUAUUUUCAACUUUUUCGAUAUUUCACUCGGAGGACAGCACAUCUAUUUGAAUCGAUAUGUACGCACGGGUCUAAGCGAACAACAAAUGGUUCUGUUGGCCAAUAUCCUUCGCGAUUUGGAUCGUGAUUCUGCCCGCGGGGACCCCGACAACUCCGGCUGUCUCCAGUGGCAGAAUGCAAUGGUAAAAUUUUCCGGUUCCGUCGGUCGCUAUUUGCACAAUUUGAUUUCGAAUUCUCUUCUAAACGAGUCGCUGCAAUCGGCCCUGUUGCUUCACCUGGGAGUCUCCCCUUGGACGCAGGAUUCUAACAUAUGGCCAUUGCAAGUCUAUUCGCGCACCUUGGCAGUGCUUGUUCAGAUUCUGCUACUGAAACCAUCACAGGAAAAGGAAGCAGCUUGUCUAUCGGUUUGGCAUCGGUUGGUGAACACGUUGGUCGAGGGUGUGUGCUCUAACCAGACCAUUCCGAGUGAAUCGGAGAUUGAGGACCUCAAUGUGGAGCACGCUCAGCUGCUGCUGUUUCUGUUCCAUUCGCUCAACCUAAUGCAAAAGAAAUCUAUUCUCCUGCUGACUGCGGGUGGAGUGAUUCGCUGUUCCGAGGUGUGCCGCUCCGUUACUCCGGAAAAACCGCUUCGUGACCAUCAAAUUAUGCUGUUAUCCAGAUUGCUGCUGUUUCUGGAAUAUCUAAUGAAGCAUCUGUAUAAUCCACCCAACGUCCUGCUGGAGCAAGUACGCUGGAACCUGUUCAGUGUUUUCACGCUAGAUUCGGAACAGAAGAUCUCCGAUCUGAUCAAUUACAAAACGAAAAUGAUGUCAUUCUGUCGCAAGGAUAUCGAGGACAAGCACCGAAAGCUUGCCAACGAGUACAGCGUUGGUGGAGUAAAGCCCAAAUUUUACUCGCUCACCACGGUUGACUCGAAGAUUCAGCAAGAGUUCAAACUGGACGGUCUCGCGUGGAACUUCAUCCUGUGCACGCCGGACAAACUGAAGUAUCCGUGGUUGAUUGAUGCUCUGAUCGACAUCCUAAGCAUUACGGACAUGUGUCUGGCCAAGAUACCGUUCCAGACGCUAUGUGCCGUGCACUACUGUUUUAGUCUGUGCUGGAAGCUGUUGCUGGGUUUACCCCCUUCGACCCAUCACGUCGAAGCGCUCAUGCAGGAGAAGGUUCCCAAUCUGCACUCUCUGCUGUGGUCGAUUCGGUGCCAUGUGAUUACCCAUUCGCACUAUCUGAUUGUGAACAGUUUGGUGAAGCAGGGCAUGUACACUCAAUCGGCGGAAGCGCUAUGGAAUCGGCUUACCGAGCACGUUUCCGAUGUUAAAUACAGCCUGAAGCUAACCAUGCAAGGUUUGGAAUCGUUUGCCACUAGCUUCCAGCCGGAUCAACCGCGCCUGUCGAAGAUAAUCCUGCUGGACAGCUUGGUUUCGCAUCUGUACGCAAUCUGCUGGGCAGAAAAGGAGGGCGUUAACACCAAAACCAAGUCGAACAAUACCAGCAGCAGUGCGUCCAGUACUAGUAGCAACAGUUCGACCAGUAGCAACAGCAGUUCCACGUCAACCUGUUCCAGCGGAAGUGAAUCCAGUGUUGGAACCGCUGCUGGUGCCGGUGGUGGACUGCAAUCCCAACAGCUAAAUGUUACAGCCGCGGGAGCCGCUGCCAGUGCUGACGUUCCGACAGCAACGGGGUCCGGAUUGGAAUCAACUAAAAUGGCUUCAAGAAAUGAUUUAACUAAAGCCCUGAUGUCAAAACUGCUGGAUGUGCUAGAGAUUGUGAAGGAGGCGACCUAUAAGACGAUGUUUCUUAACUUGAGCGGCCAAAUUCCGGCCUCAUUGAUCGAACCACUGAUUGCCAUUUGCGGUUCGAAGAACACCUUUUGUCAGGAUUUGUCCACACAGCUGGUAGCGCUCAUUACCGGUCAGGAUAAGGAUGUGAUUUCGGUUGAAUGGCGUAAGAAUUUGUCGAUUUCCAGCGAAGAAAGUUUCACCAGUGGUUCGUUUCCGGUGGAAGUGUAUACUUUGACCGUAAUCGAUGGGCACUUGAUCGAGACUUCCAAGCAUCUGACCUACUCGAUCCUACUUUCGUUGAAACAUGCGCUGAAAUCCUGCAUAAACCUGAUCAGCUAUAUGCUCCCGAAUUAUGACGAUAAACAGUUGGACGAUAAGUUAAAGGAAAUUCUGGUGCCAAUGGUUUUCGAUUUGCGUUCAGAAUACUUGUACGAUGUCGUAAACAAGUGCUUGGAGUCCCUCCUUGGGGGCGAUUCGAGCUCGGAAACCUAUCAAUUGCUGGCUUAUUCCAACAUUCUUCAGCACAGUUAUCAAUUCUUAAUCCAGUACACCGAGCUAUCUGCCCAAGGGCAAGCGAUCAACAUCGAAGAAACGGUGCUGCAUAACAUCAUCAAAUACUGGGAAUCCAUGCUGGACAAAACGAUCGGUCUCAAAGCUAUGAGAGAAUUUUUCUAUGGAUCCCGAAAGGGAAAUUUAGUCCAGGUGUUGCUCUCGUUUACCGGAACGGGUCUAUCGCAGAAAUAUGCCACCAAAGUGCUGCAGUUCUUCGAAAAACUGUUCGCUGCAUCGGAAAAACUAGACGCACAGUUCGACGAAGAGGAAGUUGGCAGCUGUAUUGGCGAGCUGGCGAACGCCGACGCAUCCAAGCUGAAGAAUUGGCUCAGCCACAUCCUGCUGGGACCGCGUGGAGUCAGUUCCAAUACCGGGGGGUCAAAUGCUUCCAGCAACGUCCCCACACCAACCAACAUGGCAACGGGUUCGGCAAUUCCCAGCAUAACCGAUCAGCUGGCGGUUUCCGGCAUUUCGGACAACAACACAGGUAAUAACGCGUCCGUUGGUGCCGAACCGGAUCCGAUGGAUAUCGACUAUGAGUGUCUGCCUUGGAACAGGGAAAACAGUCGCACCGGUAACGAUACCGUAGAUGAAGCGCUGGAGAAAAAUGGAAAACUGCUGCAAACUUUGGUUAAAUAUAUCGUAACGGAGAAUCGUAUUUCUGCGACCGUUUCGGAGGCCCUGUUCCAGGCGCUGAUUCAAAUUGGGCAUAAUCUUCUCUGCCCGGCACAGGAGGCGAUCGAAUUUGCCGAUCUGCUGCAGGUCAUGAUUACGCUGGCCGAUGCCGGUAAGGGACGUGGUCAUGCUGUUCUUUUCACCGCCGCUAUUGAUUGGUUGGAGAUAUCGAAAAACCAGGUUUUGGAAAGCAAGGUCAACAAGAACGGUCCGAAAGCGACGGUUCAGUUGGAAAAUGUUACAGCCAUACUGAAGUACAUGAGUGAUUUGCUGCUUGGUUUGGGAGCGUCCGGUAGUCGUGCUAUUCAUCCUCCGUGGGAGGAAGAAACACCGCUUGAUGCGGAGGAUAUCCUGGAUGACUUGGGAGGUGACGACGAGGACAGUGCUGUCGAAGAUUCUGACGAGGACAGCCUCAGCAAUAAGCUGUGUACGUUCUCGAUUACCCAAAAAGACUUCAUGAACCAACAUUGGUAUUACUGUCACACCUGUAAAAUGGUCGAUGGCGUGGGUGUUUGCUCCGUUUGUGCGCGGGUGUGUCAUAAGAAUCACGAUAUUAGCUAUGCUAAAUAUGGAAACUUCUUCUGUGACUGUGGUGCAAAGGAGGACGGUUCGUGUCAGGCUCUGUCUCGCCGCAGUAACUCUGGUCACGCAGAGGAUUCCAUCCUGGGAUCUGCCCUACCACGAUCUUCCGAGGCGGACUCAGUUUUGCUAACAAGCUCGCUGCGCCGCCGAGCUUCAAGUCCAACCAAUCAAGCGAAUGCAUCCGGAACCGGUCAAAUGUCCGAAAAGGAACAACUGCUGGCUAAGAUUAUUGAAAGCUCGCGUGAUGCUCUGGGUAAUCCGGAGCAGUGGAAAACCGUCGUGCGCUGUAUUUUGACGUUCUUUGGUUCAUUAAUGCCAACCAUAAAAGAGCAUUGUGCCAAAUAUUCGACGGUCGGUUGCCACAUGCGGGCUCGCAACGCUCUAGAACGUUUGCAUCAGCCGGAAAAGUCAUACUCAUUCAGCGAUCAGAUCAUGGUUGCAACGCUAGGAUCACAAGAAGGAGCCUUCGAAAACGUUCGCAUGAACUUCUCCGGUGAGCAAGGUCAAACGAUUAAACAGCUACUCUCGUCGAAUUUGGUUCGUCGCGUCGCGUUGUGCUGUUUGGCCUCACCUCACGGCAAGCGUCAACAGUUGGCGGUUUCACACGAAAAAGGAAAAGUCACCAUCCUUCAAUUAUCUGCUUUGUUAAAACAGGCCGACGCAGCUAAAAAGAAGCUCACAUUGACCAGACUUGCGUCGGCACCGAUUCCCUGUACCGUACUUUCGCUCGCAUCAAAUCCUGCCAACGAGGACUUCCUAGCGGUAUGUGGGCUGAAGGAAUGUCACAUUUUAACUUUCACCAGUACCGGAGCGACAAAUGAACACAUCAUCCUUACACCGCAGCUAGAAACGGGAAACUUUAUCAAACGAGCAAUCUGGCUGCCAUGUUCUCAAACCAAGCUGGCCCUCGUGACGGCGGAUUUCGUCAAAAUCUACGAUCUCGCUGAAGACAGCUAUAGCCCUCAGUACUACUUCCUAGUUCCAAGCGGCAAGAUCCGAGACUGUACGUUUGUCUAUCAAGAAAACACCUACUAUAUGUUGAUCAUGUCCUCGCAUGGCUACAUUUACACGCAACCAUUGUGCGAUGAAAGUUUGGCCAAACAUGGUCCAUUCUAUGUAACAAACACUCUGCUACUGGAUCACCCCUCGAUAACCGAUGACAACGGGCAAAUACUGGCCGGUGGAGUAUCCAUCUACUAUUCCCACGUGCUGCAGAUGCUGUUCUUCAGCUACGUCGCCGGUCGCAAUUUCAUGGCCCCGCUGGUCAACGUUUAUCAGGGAGUUAAAUGUGUCAUCAAUUUGAUUUCCAAUCCGGCUUCUAAGGUAUUCUCCAAAUCAACCACUCAGCCGCUUUGUCAGUGGACCGAAAUUCCCGGCCAUCCAGGACUGAUUUGUGCGAUGAUGCAGAAUCUGAACAAUCCGGUCAUUUUCAUGAUCAAACCGGACGGAUACGUUGCCCAGGAAAUUAAAGCCCAGAACGCAAAGGCAAAAAUAAUGGAUAUGGUUGCCAUUCGCCACUCGGUUUCCGGUGUUGAAAAAACAACACUGAUUCUGCUCUGCGAGGAUGGAAGCCUGCGAAUCUAUGCUGCUCAUGCGGAGAACACCGGCUACUGGUUGUCACCGGAAAUUCAACCCAUAGGGAACCAGUUCCAAACGGGAGUCUACUCGAAGACGCGCAAAUCGAAAAAAUCGAACAAACAAACCAGCGGUGGUCAGCAGAGUGGCAAGAGCGGCUCCGGUUCGGCACCGAACUUCCCGAUUGACUUUUUCGAACACUGCACCCUGAUGAACGAGGUCGAGUACGGAGGCAAUGAUCUGCUGCAAAUUUACAACACUCAACACUUGAAGCAUCGUUUGAAUUCUACCGGGCUGUACGUCACAUCGACCAGGGCCAACGGAUUUACACUGGAUGUUAACAAUAACGAUCCCAACAUGGUUAUGACAGGAGUUCGCAUAUCGAUCGGUUCUCAGGAUAUCAGCAAGGCACCGCAAAACGUGACAAUAUUGGGCAGAAUUAUACCAACCGUUGCAACCCGUGCCCGUUGGUUCGAUAUUCCACUGACUCGGGAAGAAAGUCUACAAAGCGAUAAGAAAUUAAGCAUCCUUUUUGGACCGUCACAAGACGCGGAAAAUAUUACCAUUCUGGACAGCAUUAAAAUCUACGGCAAAACGAAGGACGUUUUCGGCUGGCCGGAAGAAUCGGAAGAUGUUGGUUCGUCGUCGCAGAUGAAUUCCAUUGCCCAAGCACCGGGUCAGAUGAGUAACUCACUGAACGGCGCUGAAAACGGAGACGGUAGCGGUGGUUCCGGAAUGACGGUUACCCCGCUGGAUAAGAUGGUUUCCACAAUGCUACAGGUGCUGGACAGUGGUGUAUCGCUGCUGGGAGGACCAAACAACGAAGAAUCUUGCCGGCAAACCGCUGUGGAUGUUGCCACUUCGCUGAUCCUGUAUCCUACCACCAAUCAAGUUCAGCAAGAUUCACGCAACUUGCUGGCAGCAUGCCACCCCACUAAGGCCGCGUACCACGCGUACAAGGACAAGGAAGUACUAGCUGACAUCAACGAACAGCUGCAGAAAAUGACCGAUGCGCUUGACUAUAGAAACAUCGACCCGGAAGCGUUUUAUCGCGUAGUACUCAUGACGCGCGGAAUCGCCAUUCAACGCCCGCAAGCGCUUACCAAAAUCUGUUCGGAAAACAAUUUCCCAAUCCUGCAGCAGCUGAUGCAACUAAUGAAAGAUUUGUACAAAAUAACGCCCGCCUACGAGGAACCACUGGCGAUCGUAAAACAGGGAUUAUCCCACGUCGAAGCAGUCGUGUACUCGCUGGUGGAAAUCAUUUACGCAUUUGCACUGUCCGAAAGCGAUAUGAUCGGAUCGAUGACCAAAUUCUUCGUGGAGUUACUGCUGGAUCCGGCUCCGAUAAUCAGUCACAGUGCCAAGCAGGCCAUGAUUCGUCUGCUUCGGCCGAAAAUCCGUCGCCGGAAAGUUUUAAUCGAAAGUCCCCCGGUUUGCUCGACCCCAACACCGCUGGCAGCGGGCGGUGCGGUUGGUCCGGUACCGUCGACAUCAUCGCUUCCUUCAACCUCAUCAGCUGGAACGUCGGCAUCGGGCGGCGCAGGCGCUAGUGGUGGUGCAGCCGGAGGGGAAGAUUUUGCCGGUGCUAUGCAAGAAGUGGACGCAAUCGAAUCCCUUGGGCUAGAACCUGCCGGCGGCAAUCAAGCUCUAGCAUCGCUGGAAGCUCUGCUAGGUGUUGGUUUUCCGCAUUUGCUGGAAACUCCUGACGCUGACGAUGAAACCAUUAUGGAAAUUGCCAUUGCUUUGAGUCUACAGGACAAUGAAACGGAUUUAGCUGCACUGCAGCAAAGCAUUGCCCAGUAUCAGGGAAGAAAUCGAAAUCAAGCCCAAGGAUUGCCAGCCGCAAUAGCAGGAGGAUCUUCAUUUAACGUUGAAUCCAACGCGUCCGGUGGUGGAUCGGAUGAUGAUGAAAUCUCCAACGUGGCUACUGAAGGAUCAACUCUUAGAACGUCUCCAGCCGGUGAGCAUGCCGGCAGUGGUAGUGGAGGUUCCGAAAGUGGUUGCAGCGGUGUCGAAAGCAUUGGCGGAACCUCUGGACGUAGCUCUACCUAUGAAGAACAACCAAACCCAUCACCGCCCAGAACAUCGGGCGUCGACCAAAUACCACCUCAACCGGUAGCUCCGCCCGAAACAGAGGAAACAGGCAAUGAAAAUGCUUGCAAACUGCACGUGCUGCGGUACUCAAUUCUGAACAAGUUGGUUGACAACUUUGCAGCAUUGGACAACGUCAACGGAUCGCAGUGCAUUCCGUUCAUGCAAACCAUUCUGAUGCUCACCACCGAUCUGGACGGAAGCCAGGAAGCGGACCAGCAAGUCAUGAGUCGACUGCUGCAGGCACUCAUCGAUCGUCUGGAAAUUCCAACCACCAAGAUCUAUCAAAUGUCGAACCGAUGCUCCAAAACUGAGGUGCAAUUGAUCAUACUUCGUCUGGUUGGCGUGCUAAUGGGCAAAGUUAAAUCAAAAUCAUCGUCGUCCUCCUCCUCCGCAACAGCUGGACCUUCGACUUCGUCGAUAAAUCAAGCAGUUUUGGAUAAUGCCACCUUCGUAGCGCAAGCUACGGCAAACGCUUUGAUGAAGAACAAUGCCAUUCCGUACUGCCUGAUGAUAAUGGAGUCUUUCUUACCGCACUGGAAAAAUGUUGCAAACAGUGAGGAAUUGGUGUCCGUUACUAGUACGGCAAACACGGCGACUGGUCCCGUUAUUACGACGCCAGGUGGAACCCCAACGAAUAACUUGCUUAAACCGACCUUGUACGGAUUGUCACCGGACAUGCAGCCAUUCUUCGCCCGUCAGUACGUGAAGGGAUGUACGGAUGUAUUCGAGCUCUAUCCACAGGUGCUCACCGAAAUGGCUGUCCGUCUGCCGUAUCAAAUUCUGAAGCUGUCCUCCGGUCACCCAUCAUCUCACGAUUGGUACCAUUCGCUGUGUGAAUACAUGACCAACACACUGUGCGAAUACAUGAUGUACAUGCAGUCACCGGUGCUGCGCCGACAGGUACGCAAGUUGUUGCUGUACAUCUGCGGAAACAAGGAAAAAUACCGUCAGCUAAGGGACCUGCACUCGCUGGAUACCCACAUGAAGGCCGUGAAGAAAUGUUGCGACGGUCGUGCACCGCAAGUUCCUGCAGGCGGCUCUAGCACUAACGCAAUCCUAAGCUAUGAUUCGCUCGUUGAUCUUACCGAGCAUUUCCGUGCAUGUCAGGAGAUAGCUUCUAUCCGUACCGGAAAUUGGCAGAAAUUCUGCGUCAGAAAUUCGGAUGUCCUAUCCUCAUUGCUAAACAUCAGCUGCGGUCAGUUGGAGGAAGGAGUCUCUUCGAUCAUUCUACAACUGCUUCAGUCAGCAAUUUGCAAUACGCAAGGCAGCAAGCAAGACUCCGCCAGUGCAUCGACCAGCAUGAAAAUAUCCGUAAUUAAAGAUCGUAAGGAUCGCGAUAAAUCGGAAGAAUCCGAUACGGCAACAGAGUCGAAGUUUGAUCCCGCUCAAUGCGUGGCGCUAGUGACACAAAUUUUCAACCAGGUUUCUUUGCAAACUUUAACCACAUUUAUACGUAGUUUUCUGCUGGAAACCAACUCGACCGCAAUUCGUUGGCAGGCGCAUAGCUUGGUGUAUGCUUUCUACGAAAACAGUACAGAAUCAAACAAGGAACUCCUGCUACAAUGUUUAUGGGGUCUCUGGCCUUUGCUACCCGCCUAUGGCAAACGCACUGCUCAAUUUGUGGAUCUGCUCGGAUUCCUCACAUUAAAUACAAAAUCAUUAAGCAACAAAUUGCCUGACUACACAGCACAAGCCGUAUCCGUGCUGCGACAGCAAAAUGAAUUGCUCUCCAGACACCCGAACGCCCCAAUCUACACCGCACUUGGUCACGUCCUCGAGCUGGAAGGAUUCUAUCUGGAAUCGGAACCCUGUUUGGUGUGCAAUAAUCCGGAAGUUCCCUUCUCCAACAUUAAACUAUCCACGAUUAAGGUCGAUUCGAAGUUCACAACUACAACCACCAUCGUUAAACUGGUUCAAAGCCACACAAUUUCGAAGAUUAUUCUGCGCAUCGCUGAUCUGAAGCGCGCUAAAAUGGUGCGCACGAUCAACAUUUACUACAACAAUCGUACUGUGCAGGCUGUGGUAGAGCUGAAAAAUCGUCCCUCUAUGUGGCACAAGGCGCGCAGGGUGACUUUGCAGUCGGGCCAAACGGACGUUAAGGUGGAUUUCUCACUACCGAUAACCGCUUGCAAUUUGAUGAUUGAAUACGCUGAUUUUUACGAAACAGUUAGCGGUUCUAGUGAGAGCCUGCAGUGCCCGCGCUGUAGCGCGGUCGUUGCCGCUAAUCCAGGAGUGUGCGGCAACUGCGGUGAGAACGUUUUCCAGUGCCACAAGUGUCGCGCAAUUAAUUACGACGAGAAAGAUCCGUUCCUUUGCCAUUCGUGCGGGUUCUGUAAGUACGCUAAGUUCGAUUACAGCAUCUUGGGCCGUGCCUGCUGUGCGGUGGAUCCAAUUGAGUCGGCCGAUGAUCGAACCAAGACGGUACAGACGAUUCAUGCUUCGCUGGAGAAAGCGGAUCGCUCGUACAAAACGCUGCAGAAUAACAAACAGAUUCUGGAACUGCUGGUUCAAAAGGUGGCCGAACACAAGCUGGAUCGCACGCUGGAUGAAACGCUUAUCGGGUCCGUUGUGGGUUCGUCGCAAGUUAAUAAAGUUAUUCAGUUGUUGGCCCAGAAGUAUUGCGUCGAGUCGAAGUCGGCCUUCGAAGAGCUGAGCAAAAUUAUUCAGAAGGUGCAGGCCUGUAGAAGGGAGUUGGUCGCCUACGAUCGCAGUCAAUCGGAUUCCCCUAGCGGUGGAACUUUGGCUCUAGCAUCCACUUCGGAGAGGACUGUUCUGAUGAAUAAAUGCUAUGGCUGUGCCCUGGCGUCAACGGAACAAUGCUUGACGUUGUUGCGUGCAAUGGCUUCCAAUAUGCCGUGCCGUGUGGGUCUAUGUAACCAAGGGCUGGUCCAAGAGUUAGCGCACAAUAAUCUACGUCGUGGAACCAAUCAAAUUCAAGAUGAAGUUCGUCAGCUGCUGUGUCUGCUAACAAGGGAUCUCCCGGAUGCGACCGCUGAUCUUUGCCAGCUGCUGCAGGAUCGCGUCAAAAUGGCACUAAGUGGAACCGUGCCGCUAGCAAACCUGGAUACGGCUGUUCGUCACGAGAUGGCCCUGCUGGAAGCGAUGACUGCUCAGGACGAUUCAUGCUGGGAGUUGAAGCUCAAAACCGUCAUUGAGUUGUUCCUGCAGGCUUCAAGAGACGUUCGCGGUCCGGCAGUUGCUGUUAUACAACCCUGUUUGCGUAUAGUCCAGUCGCUGAUGUGCCCACCACUUCCGACCAGCAAAACAAACAAAGAUCUCACCACGCAGGAAUUGUGCACGGUUCAGUCAACCGAGGGACUUACGGUCAGUUACGAGAAAUGGAUUGCUGGUGAUCCGUUGCAUUCGUUUGCGUCUUGGAAGGCCCGAAUGCCACCGAUCACGGGAACCGCUACUCCUCGAGCAGAAGACAGUACUAUUCAGCUCGUACAAACUGCUGCCGGUGGUGGAGGUCCAAUCGGGCAGUCGACGACGACCACCAUUUGUACGUUCCGAUCGGCACUGGAGCAGAAACGCAGCCAAUACCGAAAUGCUUAUUUGUUCGAGAAGUACGGAAAACGCUGGCGCCAGAAGGUUCUCAGCAAGGGAGUUAAUGCGGUUCCGUUGGAACUGACGGCAGCAUGGUUGCAACCGGUCCUGUUCAAUACAAACUCGCGCUUGGGACGUCAGUUAGCUUGUGCAUUGGUUACUUCUCUGAGCCGCACUCCGGAGCGUAAACGGGAAAUUUUGGAUCUGUUGACCACUUUCCUAAAAUAUAUUGGCGAAAAUGGUGAGGCUAGCGGUGAGUUUAUUGCGCUCUACCGGAUUCUGGCCGACGAAACUCCGUGGCGACAAUACCUGGCUUUGAAGGGUAUUCUGUCACUUAUAGCCGAUCUUCUGACGGUCGAAAUUGAGAAAAUCCAUCGCUUGGAGGAGACAACACUAUCAUCAGAUUUAGCCCAAGGGUACGCACUUAGACAACUGGUCGAAUUGAUGGCCAUGUUUCUGGAUAAUCCGCCGAUCAGAAAGGCCUUCAAGGGCAAACUGUUGGGAUCGGUGCUGCAAGGUUAUCUUAAUUUGAGAAAAUUGGUCGUGCAACGAACCCGUCUAAUCGAUGAUGCACAGGAAAAGCUGCUGGAAAUGUUGGAGGAAAUGACAACCGGUACGGAGGAGGAAACCGCCGCGUUUAUGUCGGUUUGCAUCGAAACGGUGCGCAAAACUUCAACCUCGGAUGUGAAGACUCCGGUGUUCAUGUUCGAGCGUCUUUGUUCGAUUAUUCAUCCGGAAGAGAAUGAUGUCGGCGAGUUUUUCCUUACGUUGGAGAAGGAUCCGCAGCAGGAAGAUUUCCUGCAGGGCCGAAUGCUUGGUAAUCCGUACCCGUCGAACGAAGCUGGCUUGGGACCGCUUAUGCGAGACGUUAAAAAUAAAAUUUGUAUCGACUGUGAACUGGUUGCCCUGCUGGAUGAUGACAACGGAAUGGAACUGUUGGUACACAAUAAAAUAAUCAGCUUGGAUCUGCCGGUGAAGGAAGUGUACAAAAAGGUUUGGCUUCAGGAGGGAGGCGAACGGGAUGCAAUGAGAAUAGUGUACCGCAUGAGAGGCCUGCUAGGAGACGCCACCGAAGAGUUUAUUGAAACUCUCAACGCUAAAAGCCAGGAAGAGGUAGACAAUGAGCAGCUCUAUCGCAUGGCGAAUGUCCUAGCGGAUUGUGAUGGCUUAAAGGUGAUGCUUGAACGAAUCGGAAGUUUGCAGAACGUAUCGAAAUCCAGGACUUUGCUGCAGGUACUGUUGAAAUUGUUCCUUCUAAGUGUAAAAGUCCGACGCUGUCAGGAAGUUCUCUGCCAACCGGAACUCGGCGCAAUAAAUACCCUGUUAAGAGUGCUACAGUUGUGCUUGCAAAGCGAAAAUGAUGCCCAGCAAUCUGCGGUUACAGAAAAACUGCUAGAAAUUAUGGAAACCAUUCUCUCCAAAGCGGCAUCGGACACACUUGACUCUUUCCUCCAGUUUUCCCUGACGUUUGGCGGACCCGAAUACGUGCAAGCUUUACUGUCCUGCACGAACUGCGCAAACGUUCGCAAUAAUCCGUCUGUUUUACGUCACCUCAUUCGUGUUCUGGCGGCUCUUGUUUAUGGAAAUGAUAUUAAAAUGGCUCUUUUAUGCGAACACUUUAAGGAAGUGAUUGACUUCAAUAAAUUCGAUGCCGACCGCACGCCGGAAGACGAGUUCAAGUUGGAACUGUUCUGUGUUUUAACUACCGGUAUCGAACAUAACUCUAUUGGUGGAACGCUGAAGGAUUACAUCAUGAGUUUGGGCAUCGUAGAAAAAGCUUUGGAGUAUAUUCGAAGCCACGCUCCGUGUGUAAAACCUACCCUGCUACGAACGGACUCGGACGAAUUGAAGGAAUUUAUUUCUCGAGCAUCGCUGAAGUAUAUUUUGCGCUUCCUUACCGGGCUUGCCACUAAACACGAGGCAACACAGUUGGCAGUAGCGAAGGACAUCAUCCCCAUUAUACAUCGUUUGGAGCAAGUUUCGAGUGACGAACACGUUGGAUCGUUGGCUGAGAAUCUGCUGGAAGCAUUGUGCACAGAACCUGCGACAGCGAAGCGCGUCCAGGAAGUUCGAGAUUUUACCCGAGCCGAGAAAAAGCGACUGGCAAUGGCGACCCGCGAGAAGCAGCUGGACGCUCUUGGAAUGCGCACAAACGAAAAAGGGCAAGUCACGGCCAAAGGGUCGAUACUGUCGCAGAUCGAAAAGCUCCGCGAGGAAACUGGCUUGGCAUGUUUCAUUUGCCGCGAAGGUUACGCCUGCCAGCCAAAUAAAGUGCUCGGAAUAUACACCUUUACCAAGCGUGCAAACGUAGAAGAGUUUGAAAUGAAGAAGAAAACCGUUGGCUACACAACGGUGACUCAUUUCAACGUUGUUCACGUUGACUGUCAUAUGUCGGCGAUCCGGCUGGCUAGAAGCCGUGACGAAUGGGAAAGCGCCUCGCUACAGAAUGCCAAUACUCGCUGCAAUGGCUUGCUACCGCUCUGGGGUCCAGACGUAAACGAAUCAUCCUUCACCUCUUGCAUGGCCCGUCACAACAACUACAUGCAGGAAUCGACUCAACGAUGUGAAAUCACCUUCAGCAGCUCUAUUCACGAUUUAAAACUUUUGCUGUUCCGUUUCGCCCAGGAAAAGAGUUUCCAUGAUGACGCCGGAGGCGGUGGACCGCAAUCCAACAUGCAUCUCGUUCCCUACUUGUUGUUCUACAGUCUGUACAUUCUGCUAUCGUCUCGCUCCUACUCUCGAGAGGAAAUGGUUCUGAGUGCCUACGUAACUCACAAACCGUCGGAUCGCUGGUUGGAAUGUGCUUACGAAGCUGAAGGGCCACAAUAUUUGAUCACGAUGUCACUGGCAUUGCAUACACCGGGCAUUUGGGACCGCAACAAGGUCGGCCAUUUGAAACGUCUGAUCACCAUCGGUCAUGCGCGGCACGUUAGUCCAAACACGAUCUGCAAAUUCAUCGCUCCGAACGAUAAAUCGCCGAAAGACUACAGCGUCUACAAGCCGUACCUAAUGCUGUGGGCUUUGGUGGACUUGAUCUACAAGAAUUAUUUCCGCACCGUGACCACCCCGAAGGAUGAAGACUGGCCGAUUUCGCUGUUCGAUUACAUUCGUCGUAACGAUGAGGCAAUGCUGAAAAAUGCCGACAGCACGCUGGAGACGUUUACGGAGGAAUAUUUGCCCUGCACCUCGUUUGGGGAGUUUUGUGACGUUGCAGGUUUACUCGGUGACAUCAACGAUCCGGACAGCUGGAUGGAUGAGCUGCUGCAAUCUUUGCCAUCGCCGGGAUCAGCAGUAUCUUCUAGCGCAACAACAGCAUCAACCAGUUCCGGUAGUGGUGGUACGUCAGGAGCAGGAGGCAGUUCGUCGUCGACCGCUUGAGCUUGGCAUGAGCUGUUAUCAUUCGAUAACGAUGUUGACGACGAUGAUGAUUGGUGAUGGUAAAUUAACUAUUUGAUCUAUAUAAACGUACAUAAUUAACAUACAACACCAUAAUUAACAAUAUGCCUAGUGUUUGUGCUUCGCACUCAUAUUACAACAGUACUACCGUCGGAUGAUACAUAAUUGAGGACGGAUUAAUUAAACAUGUGAGCUAGGCUCAUUGAAAUACAUGCAGUUUAUUACAAUACAUGCAACUAAAUUAUAGCAACAUCAUAACAAUAUUACAUGUGUGUCUA